CCUACUUGUCCCAUACUGCUGCGCGGUAACACUUGUUCUGUCCAUCUGCUCUAGCCAAUAUGUCUAGCUUCAUUGAACGGUACAUGCACGAAACCGACGACCAAGGCCACUUCUCGAGAGCAACGCUGCAAAAAAUGUUCCACCCACCUCUCCCUUUUCCCUCUGGCGGCUACCCCUUUGCCUCGGUCUCCCUUUCCCCCUCCGCGGGGGAGUUGGGAAGCCUACCUGAAGAGGGCGGUCACUCAGUCUCAGCGACCUCGCAAUUCCGCCUCCUCGACCUCGACCGCCAGGUGCGAUCCUGGGAGGAGGCUGAGUACACUCCCACCGCGGGCGAGUGGGGUCUCCCGGACACGGACAAGUACGACUAUGGUGAAUGGGGAUUGAGCGCUCUGGCAGACGGGGAAGGGGGGUUCGGCGGCUCUCCGGAACUUCUGCCUGUAGCUGUACUCUCCCCGCGUUUGGAGGCUGCGUCGAGCGGCGAUGAGGAGACUUCUCGCUCUGUCUCCGCAGGCUUCCAGGGCGCUGGUUCCGGGUCUGCCUCUGUGUGCUGGUUCUCGGAAGAGGAUUGGGAUGCAGGGGGUGGCGCUUACCCGGAGCCCGUGUCUUUGUUUUACAGGAUUCCCCUCGAGCGGAGCGCGAAGGACGAGGACGAGGACGAGGACGAGGCCGACCGAGGCGAGGAAGAGGACGACCGACGCGACAACGUGACUAUGACAAUCGAAGAAGACGUUUUCGAGGAAGGUCGCAACGGUGUCGAGAGUGGGAGCGCCAGCGCCGAGGCUCCUCUCGACAUCAAGUCGAUCUUCGUCGAGGACUUCUCCGAGGCGGUCGAGCCGGACCCGAACGCUGCCUUGGUGACGAGCAGGCGGGUGAGUGCAGGUGAGUAUAAGGAGUCGAGCCGGGUGGCUCCCGGCUCCUCCGCUGCGGCGUCGUCUGCCAAGGGCCUCAAGAGACUUCAAGCGCGCUCACGGUCUUACCUUGGGGCGGCGGUGGUCCGGCUCGGUCUGGGAAAGAGACGGAGGACGGCUACCGGACUCUCGUCGGGGACGCCCGUCGUGAGGAUGGAGGCCGCAUUCCAAGGGGGCUUGCCUUCCUCUGUCUCUUGGUACGUUGGAGAAGUUCCUGGGCCGACGUGGAUCGGGCGACGGAUGCGAGACGCGACGAAGACGGGCGAGAAGCUUCGGACCGCGAUGACGAACGCGAUGAGGAUGGUAGUGUAGGGGGCAUUGGGAAUGGGAUCGGACAUGGG